CCAAUCCCCCUUUUCCCCUGGGAGAGCAAGCCUUCCAUGGUCCGUCCCUCCCUCUUCUUUGAUAAUCAUUUCAUUUUACUCCUUUUUGAAGCAGUCGCUUGUUUUAUCCCACUUUUCAUUUCACAAUCCCGUGCUCGUAUGUUCGACUUCUUCUGAUCAAGCUGGGUAUCGCCCCUCUCUUUCCUACCGACAACAAGGUCUCCUAGAUCCCGGUUGAUUCUUCUCCUUUGAGAUGCUUAACUGUUCUAACACUCGCCCUCUCUCCACCCUCUUUUAACUUGAGAGACCAGUUAAGCUCGAGCGAACUGAACUGGGGCUGGAAUUUAAAAUAAAGCGGAAAACCCAAAGGGAUACGGCGCUCGUCUUUGGAUAAGGACCGCUAUCGCGUUUCCCCCUUGUUGCACUUUGGGGAAGAUUCUUCCCUUUUCACGUGCUCGUCGUUAAUCCAGGUGGCCUUGCUCUGAGUCUUCGGGAGGAUUAUUUCGCACGUUUUGGUGAAGAGAGAGAUCCCAGAAGGUUACUUUCAUGUUCUCCAUCCAGGACAGCCUCCCGCGGGGAGCUUUGACCAUGAAAGAGGAACCGCUCACGAGUGGCAUGACACCGGUCCGGUCGUGGAUGCAGAGCGCGGGGAUAUUGGACGCGAACACAGCGGCACAAAGUGGCGUGGGUCUGGCCAGAGCUCACUAUGAGAAGCAGCCGCCCUCCAACCUCCGCAAGUCCAACUUCUUCCACUUCGUGCUGGCGCUGUACGACCGGCAGGGGCAGCCAGUGGAGAUCGAGAGGACCUCCUAUGUGGACUUUGUGGAGAAAGACAAAGAAUACAACGGAGAAAAGACCAACAAUGGGAUUCACUACAGGCUACAACUACUCUACAGUAACGGGAUCAGGACAGAACAGGACCUGUACGUACGGUUAAUAGACUCCAUGACAAAACAGGUAACUACACCUUAUCUUGUGUCACACACUCAACUCAAUCCAUGUAUUUGUCUCACACACCCCCUCCAGGGCAGCUGUAACAGUGUGUGUUUGUCUUCCAGCCGCUGUUGUGACAAGAAGAGCUGUGGUAACCGCAACGAGACCCCUUCUGACCCUGUCAUCAUCGACAGAUUCUUCCUGAAGUUCUUUCUGAAGUGCAAUCAGAACUGUUUGAAAAAUGCAGGGAACCCACGAGACAUGAGACGAUUUCAGGUGGUCGUGUCCACCACGGUCAACGUAGACGGCCAUGUCCUCUCCGUGUCAGAUAACAUGUUUGUCCACAACAACUCCAAACACGGCAGGAGGGCCCGGCGCCUGGACCCCUCUGAAGCCACCCCCUGCAUCAAGGCCAUCAGCCCCAGCGAGGGCUGGACCACAGGCGGAGCCACGGUCAUCAUCAUCGGGGACAACUUCUUCGAUGGGCUGCAGGUGGUGUUUGGCACGAUGCUGGUCUGGAGCGAGCUCAUCACCCCCCACGCCAUCCGGGUCCAAACCCCCCCUCGACACAUCCCCGGGGUCGUAGAGGUCACGCUGUCCUACAAGUCCAAGCAGUUCUGCAAAGGAGCUCCCGGACGCUUCGUAUACACAGCACUGAACGAGCCCACCAUCGACUACGGCUUCCAGCGGCUGCAGAAGGUCAUCCCCCGACACCCCGGAGAUCCAGAGAGGCUACCCAAGGAGGUGCUGUUGAAGCGGGCUGCAGACCUGGUGGAGGCUCUGUACGGGAUGCCUCACAACAACCAGGAGAUCAUCCUGAAGCGGGCAGCAGACCUGACCGAGGCUCUGUACAGUGUCCCCCGCAGCCACAACCAGCUGCCCUCCCUGACGGGCGCGGCCGCCCACUCCGGCAUGAUGGGGGUGAACUCCUUCAGCAGCCAGCUGGCCGUCAACAUCUCCGAGGCCUCACAGGCGGACCAGGGUUACUCCCGUAACUCCAACAGUGUGUCUCCUCGCGGCUACGUGCCUAGCUCCACCCCGCAGCAGUCCAACUACAACACCAUCACGUCCACCAUGAACGGGUACGGCGCGGGCAUGACCAACCUGGGGGUCCCCGGGUCGCCCAGCUUCCUCAACGGAUCCAGCGCCAACUCUCCCUACGCAAUCACUUCCUACAGCCCUCCGUUAGGAUCUACUUCCUCUCCCUCCUCCUACUCCUCCUCCUCCUCCAUCCCUCUCUUCUCCGCUGGACCCCUAGGCCCUUAUUCAUUCUCUCCUGUCCAUAUGAUCUCUGCAGUCAAACAGAAGAGCGCCUUCGCCCCUGUCGUGCGGCCACAGACAUCCCCGCCCCCCACCUGCACAACCACCAAUGGCAGCAGCCUACAGGCAAUGGCAGGACUCAUAGUCCCCCCUAUGUGAAGAAGACAUCCUGCCCUGGGAGUCCCAGCAACCCUGGCCCACAGAAUCACUAACAAGCGCAGCUUGAAUUUCCCCAACCUUGUGGACAGAACUCCCGCUUUUCCAGGAACCAGAACCGCAACACCACAAAAUCCAGACCGCCACAGUUCCACAGAACUUUUCAACGUCGCUAAAUUAUGUUUGUAUAGGUGCCCGUAGUCGACUUCAUGGUCAGCUCCUUCUUUAACAUCGGGGACAAGAGUGAUCUUGCUUGUCCGAACCAGUAGCACGCUGAUGAAAAGGUUAGCCAGUCUGAAAAUAUAGCAAUGUGAAUGAUAGACUAUGGUCUAAUGGCAGGUAUGGACACCUGGUUGUGUGAAUAUUGUCCCAGUUAACAAGGCUUAUUUGCAAGGCCGAAGUUUCCUUAGACUGGAUCCUCUUAAAAACUGGGCUACGACUCAGUUGAACCACUGUGAGUAGGAAAAACCAAUGAGAAUUGUCGACUACAGCUGAUGUAAAUGCAGAAUCCAGGAACUAUCUUUCUCUCUGUUAAAUUUCAAACAAUUAGUGUGACGUUGAACGGGAAUCUAACCCUGACAAUGUCAAGAAAUUCUCUUCAAAGAUCAUUGAUCUCUAACGUCAGUGUCUUUUAGCAUUUUCUUUUGUGUACCAUAGCUUUUAAUGGUGUGUGUAUUUAGCAUAUUUUGGAAGAAAAUGCAGCGAUUUUCUAAUCUAAUGACAGGUUUGGCGGAAUUCUUCCGGAAAAGCAAAUACAAAUGUUAUAAUAACAUUUGUUCACCAACGUUAUCUCAGUAAUGUCAGGCCAACUCCAGGGUUUGUUUUUGGGUGUCAACCAUUUUUGAAAUACAGUACAAUAGUUGUACUUCCGGGUGUGUUGAGUGGUAGAUUUUAACCAGAAAUGCUUGCAGCAGUUUUAAUCACGUUUAGGUACCAGAUUUCUUGUUAUUCUUCUGAUUGUGCUUAUUUUGUAUGUAUUUAUAACGUAUGUUUUGGGAUUCCUUUUGUGAUUUAGGCCUGAAUGAUAGUCUCAAAUAUAUACGUAAACACAUUUGAUGUCUUAAUACCUUUUAGAUAUUGUAAAAAGAGUGAACAAGUGAGAGGAAGAACCUUUUUGUAAAAACAAAAAAGUCUCGUCAUGACAUCAUGGUCACCCUUGUUUUUGAAAGCAGGAUCAACGCUCCACCACUUUUGUAUAAAAAAUAAUAAUUUUCCGAUACUAUAUUUAACUUUUUGUAUACAACAUUUGUGUUUUUCCUCUUAUUAUUGUCCUUUGUGUAUUAUUGUGAAUUGUGUAUAAUCAGUUAUUUCUUAAUGCACUAUUUUAGUUGAGGCACUUAUAAGAGCAAUGCAUCUUAAAAAACUUAAAAAAACUAAAAGACGAAGGGUAGUACAGAUAUGCACCCAUGUGUUUUGUCAUUAUGGACUUGACCUUUCUGCCUGAAAUUGCAAUCUCCUUGUCAUGUGAAUUUGUAUAUUUCAGAAGCUAAUCCAUUCUUUUCUCCAUUCCUUUUAGUUUUUUAUUUGAAGGCAUAGCCAUCAGUUCUGUGGUUGAAGUUAAAUAUAUGUUGUCCAUCCUCACAAUGGACACAAGUCUCUUCAUUAUGUUUCGAUGAGGAUGAAUGUAUAGUAAAAGACAAACCCGUACUCAAGUUAAAACCACUCAUUUGUAAGGAUCACUGAUUUCAAGGAACCCUCCAUUGAUGUUAAUGUUGUUGGUGGUGGUGUUAUCGUCGUUGCACACAAUCUGUAUCAUUUACUUAUGCAAUUGAGUUACUGUAAUGCAAGCUAUAUUUCCACAUCUCAGUGGAAUGUUUUCAAAAAAUAAAGACAAACUACAUAAUUGAUGCCUUACAAUAGACCAUGCUCAAACACAAUGCCUUUAUUACUGUUAUUUAAAGCAUGAAGAACACUAAAAUGAUAUUUUUUUAUUUAGUAAAGGUUUCGAUUGAAAUUAUUAUGAAAUUACUUUGGUAUCCGAGGCCCGUCAGCCUAUAAGGCGUAAUGAAUGUGUCUAGUCAGGGUUUCUUGGAGAAACGAUUCCACCUGUGACCCCACAUAGUCAGUCUUAAACAUCACAAUAGUGGUACAUAAUGUAUCUGACUGUAAACAAAUUAUGUGUAGUGAGGUAAAUCUCCAUUGGGUGACAUUACCUAGUCAUAAUAUUAUUAUGAGGUAAAAGUCUGUUAGGCUUCGCUGGAAAAACCCAUUUUGAAUUAUGAGAAUGAUAUGUAGCUUUUAGAGCCCACUUGUACUCCUCACUAAACAUCUGACUUCAAUAUUGUUGACCUCUAAGCCCAUUUUGAAUGAAAACAUGGGAAUUUCUCCCCAAGUUAAAACUUGGCCAACUGCUCACAAUCCUUUCCUUCAUCUCCAUUCCUCAUAUCCUUUCCAUCCACACACUGAAUUUUCAAAUAGCUUGCAUUUUUUUAUUUUUUUUGUCAUAGUUGUAGAAAGCUUGCUUUUGCCGCCAUGGUUUUCAGCAGAUGUUUUUUAAAACUGCAAAUUGUACUUUCUCAAUGUUUGAUUCAAUGUGAAAGGGGGGAUAGGUACUGCAUCUUUGUGAAAUAUUAAAUAUAUCAUCAAAUUAUAUCAAAGCACAAUGUUUAAUUAAUGUCUUUAGAAUACAACUGGAGAGAUUUCCUCCAGCUGUCGUUUCCCUGUCUUUGACCAUGCUGUACAUACUGCAUGUUUUUUUUCUGUGAUCCAGUGCUUUUUGUACAGAAACAGUCUAAUAAAGAUUACAUUUGGCUUGGA